UGAGCCGACCAGAAGCUGACUGGGUGACAUGUGUCCAGUGGUGUGCUUGAGAGGUGGAUCCUAGUGAAUUUUGUUUGCUUUGCUUUAGCAGCUAAACUCUCUCAGCAAUAAGCCAGUGAGUUGUUCAUUAGAGGCUGCAGAUACCCGGAGGAGCAGCGCUGUAAGUGGUAGAGCACAGAUAGAGAAACCAGCCCCGCCUGUAAGACUCCCCCAAACCGCUCCCCCACCCCCCAGACCCGGCUGUUUGUGGCGCCAGAUAACCGGGACGGCGAGGAGGAGGACCGGGAUGAGCAGGAGACCACAGUCCCAGGGAUGCGCGUUUGUGGCUGUACCUGUGUGUGUGCCAGCGGGGAAAUAGCCUGGUGCUAAACGCUGGGGGGGGGAGCCUGUGUGACAGAAACUGGAGCUCACUCACACCUGAUCGAUGUGAUUCGAUGCUGCUGGUGCUGGAGGAUUUCUGACCGAGUCAUUUCACUGAAGAUGCUGUUUCGUCUGGAAAGCACCCUGGCAAACUGGCUACAUUUCCGCAGCUGUUCGCUGCUUUGCUUCUUUCUAGUGCUUCUUUCCCAGAUCACCGUCUCCCGGUUUCUCCUAACAGGCUCGGUGGCAAGCUGUGAGAAUGAAGGCGCUGCGGUAGAAAUCCCACGAAUUACAGAUAACCCGUGCAUCUCCUGUCGGUGUUUGAACAAAGAAGUAAGAUGUACAAGAGAAAAAUGUCCUCCACUGCCAAAAGACUGCGCUCUUGUUGUCAAACAGCGAGGAGGUUGUUGUGAAAAAUGCAAAGAAUGCAUGUUUGGUGGGAAGAUAUACAACAGCUCAGCAGCCUGGCUUGUACCUUCCAAGCCCUGCAUAAUGCGGACAUGUCAGGAAGGUGUCAUUACAGAAUCAGAGAUACUGUGUGUGGUCUACUGUAAAAACCCCAUCAUGCAGCAGGGAAGGUGCUGCCCAGUGUGUCAAGUGUGUGAGUUUGCUGGUCAUCACUACAGAGAAGGUGAAGAUUUCUACCCAGAUGGAAGCAGGUGUAUUAAAUGUUCCUGCACUGGUGGCACACUGCACUGUUUCCGGGAACUAUGUCCCAUCCUCUCCUGCCCGCAGCACCUCAGUCAUGUGCCACCUGGAAAAUGCUGCGCCAGAUGUUUAGGUCAGCGUCGAGUGUUUGACCUUACAGCUGGGAGCUGCUUGUUUCGCAGUGAGGUUUAUGAACAUAGGACAGUAUUCCAGCUCGAUAACUGCACUAUUUGUGUGUGUGAGUAUUCCACCGUGGUUUGUCAGAAGCGGUGCUCCUUACCUGGAACGUGUUGGGGGAGAGCUCAGUGCUGUGAAGAAUGUCUCUCUUAUAUCUCAGCCGAUAGUCUCACAGUCUGUCGGGUUGGAAACAGGAUUUACAAGGAUGGAGAAAUGUGGUCGUCCAUGAACUGCUCUCUUUGUGCUUGUAAGAAGGGAGUGACAGAAUGUUGGAGGAAGGAAUGCUCCCCCAUCAAGAGCUGUCCUGCGGGUAAAAUCAUUAACAGGAAUGGAUGCUGUCCAAUCUGCACUGAAAGUGAGUAA